UACAGUUAUUGGGUUUGCACAAAAUGGGAACUCUGUUUCUGCUGUCCUCCUGGGUGACUGAGCCUGCUGCUGUAGCAGUGCUCAAUACAGACACAACAUCUGAAGCUGGAGACCGGAAAGAGAAUGGUAACGAGAUUCAGAACUACAGUACCCAGACUGCACCAGUCUGUCAGUUUAACACUUGUGAGCUCCUCCUGAGCGAGCUGCGGGCCAUGCAGGAGAAGAUGAGGGCCAUGGAGACCAGGCUGGAGUUCAGCGAGACCAAAACAGAGGCCAUGGAGAGUGAUCUGCAGGCCAGCAAGACCAAAGUAGUGGCCAUGGAGACCAGGCUGGAGGCCAGUGAGAGCAAGCUAGUGGCUACUGAGGAGAAAGCAGGAAUCAUGGAGGCAAAGCUGCAAACCCACAAGAAUGAGAUUGAAGAACUAAAGGAAGAAAACAAAGUUCAAGGACUAGAGAUCCAAGCUCUGAUGCACCGGUCAAACUUCACUGAGUCUGAACUGAGAGACCACAGCAUACUGCUGGAGGAACUUGGCAGAGCCAAGCCCAAGGUGGCUUUUGCGGCAGCAUUGGGAGACGGAGGACAUGUGGGUCCAGGAAGUACUGAACACACCCUACCCUUUAAAAAGAUCUUAACAAAUGUUGGCAGUGCAUAUCACCCUUCAACAGGAGUAUUUAUCGUGCCGGUCAGGGGUGUCUACUACAUCAGCUUCUCAACUUUCUCAAAACAAAACAAUGAAAAACACGCUUGUACGAGCCUCUUCAGAAAUGAUCAGCGUUUAGUGACAGCCUGUGAUCAUGCUUCUCAGGACAUUUCAGACAGUGCUGGUAAUGGAGCUACUCUGCUCCUGGAGAAGGAUGACCACAUCUAUAUCACACUCCAUGCCAACUCCAUGCUCUACGGUGAUUAUCAUAACAGGAAUUGCUUUAGGGGAUUCCUCCUCUUUCAAAUGUGAUAAGCAUGAAGACUUUUCAGUGGAAAUUCACAGACACAUUUUUACAAUAUGUUGGCUGUUUCAAAGUAAUUCCCAAUCUUUGAGCUGGACCUUUAAACACUAUCAGCAUACCUGACCUGGACAGGUGUCCACAUACCUUGCUGUGUGGGGGUUUUCUUGCAUUGCAGGUACAGUAUGAUGACACACCAAUAAAAUUCAUACUAAAAUGCAGAAUUUUCAUUUUUUUCAAAUUCAUCCACCAGCCGCCUGAGAAUUCAAAAGUCCUUAAACUCACCAGGAAUGGACCCAAAGAUUUAAAAAAAACAUUUCUGCUGCUCAUUCUACAAAAAGUCUGAAAGGAAAAUAAAGGGUCAUAUACUGUAUCACCACCUGCCUGAAUCUGAAAUAAAUAAUCUGAAAUAAAUACAAAU